AUGAACAUUAUAGCAAGCCAAUUUCCAUAUUCCUGGGCUUUCUCGGCACUGAGUGUUAUCUACGCUAUCUUCAAACUCGUGCGCUUUGGUUGCCGUGAGAAGCAUCUCCCACCGGGCCCGCCAACUUAUCCGAUUGUCGGAAAUGCUCACCUUGUCGUUGAUAAAAAUCUUUACAAGAAGCCAGUACACCCAUUCAAGGAUUGGAGUGAACAAUAUGGAGAAGUGUAUUCUCUCAAAAUCGGGAGAGGAACAAUGAUAGUACAUAGCAGACGCGCAGUCUACGACCUAAUAGAUAAGCGAAGCGCAUUAUACUCAGCAAGGCCAGACGAUGAGCAGUUUCGCACUGCCUUAAAGAACGAGAACAUUGCCAACAUGGAUGCAGAUCCCGGUUGGAGAGCUCAACGGAAAAUGACUGCGCGCUUCUUAGCACCUUCCAAACUGGAUGGCGAUCUGGGAAAGAUUUCAGAGGCAGAAGUUACCACCCUAAUGCACGAUUUACUCGUCUGCCCUGAAGAUUUCAGCAAACAUAUUGAUCGCUCGACUGCUUCAUUCUCCGCCAUUGCGCUAUUUGGGCAGCGUGCGAAAUCUCACGAUGACUUUUGGGCAAAAGGCGUCUACAAAGCUAUGGAGGCACUCAACAGAGCUAUAAGUCCAGGCACAUAUUUCCCGUCGGAGCAAUUCCCAAUCUUCAAAUUAAUACCCAAACGGUGGAACCCCGCACAUCUCCGUGCAGAGGAAGGCUUUAGUAUACCCACCAAGAUAUGGACUGAAGCUCGAGAGCGCAUCGAGUCGCGUCGCAACCAGGGCGACAAGCGAGAGUCGCUAAUGGACCAGUUGCUCGAUGGAAGGACGAAACUUGAUGUCCCAUUCCAUGGAACAAAGCUUGCUAACUUUGUUGGAGCUCUAAUGCAGGGUGCCGCUGAAACUGGUGCCCUCGCCAUGCGCACCAACAUCAUGUUUCUUGCUACCCACCCGUGGGUUCAAGACAAAGCUCAAAUCCAGCUAGAUGCACUCUGCGGCGUGGAUAGGGUACCUACUUUUGCUGAUUUUAAAGACCUGCCAUACAUUAAUUGUAUCAUGAAAGAAGGUCUACGAAUCCGACCCGUAGUUCCUACAGGUAUCCCACACCGCUGCAGCCAAGGCAAUUGGUAUGAGGGCAUGUUGAUUCCUAAAGACGCUACCAUAAUAAUUCCCCAUUGGGCUCUUAGCCACUCUCAAUACGAUGAUCCAGAUACCUACAAUCCUGAUCGCUACCUCAAUCACCCGGGUCUCGCUACUGAUUACGCUGGAUGCUCAGACUACCAGAACCGCGAUCACUACGCUUACGGCGCUGGCCGUCGCAUCUGUGCUGGCAUCCAGCUCGCUGAGCGUAUCCAGUGGCGUAUGCUUGCGCGGUUGCUUUGGGCCUUCCGUAUUGAGCACGCAGUUGAUGAGAAAACAGGCGAGAAAAUAGAGAUCGACCCAGAGGCAUUUGAGGACAAGCUGAUAGCUGGACCGAUGCCAUUUCAAGUCCAGUUUACGCCGAGAAGUCAACGGCAUGUGGAAGUCAUUAAAAGUGAGCUAGAGGAUGUGAGUGAGCUCUUGAGGAAGUGGGAGUAA